GGGCUCCGCUAAGGCCGCGCUUGGCGUGUGGCGGCGCGACCUCGAAGGCCUGUGGGAGCCGCCGUGCCGUAACGCUCCAGCUUCGUGAAGCUGGUCAGAGAUCGCUCAGGCGGAGCGGGGCGAAGCGCGGGGUUGGUUUAGGUGAAGACAGCCGGCACCGGGGGUUCAUGGGGAGGAGCGGGAGCGUAGUGCGAGGUGCUUUCCCCAAAUCCUCGCGGGAGGAUGGUCGCGCACCUUUUUACCUGGCUCUGCGCAUCCCGGCCACGCCACGCUGGCGCCUGUGUGAGGAGUGAGACAGCGUGUUGUGCCCUGCUCGGUGACAUGGUUGGGCUGAGACAAUUUAUGGCAUACACCAUGGUGGAUCUGCGCUGGAAGCUGUUCGUCUGCUUUUUUUGCUAUCAAGUUGUCUCAGGAAGAGUUAAGAAGGAGGGGCAUUAUGUUGCUGCCGUGUACGAACACGAGUCCAUACUGAGUCCUGACCCAACAGCACUGGUUGAUCGACAGUCUGCGCUGGAACUCAUGGGCAAAAACCUAGACAUCUAUGAACAGCAAGUAGUGGCUGCUGCAAGACAGGGGGCACAGAUCAUUGUUUUUCCUGAAGAUGGGAUCCAUGGCUUCAACUUCACCAGAAGCUCCAUUUACCCUUACUUAGAUUUCGUUCUGCAUUCACAUUCUCUGAAGUGGAAUCCCUGCAGAGAGCCGUAUUUGUUCAAUGACACAGAGGUUCUUCAGCGUCUGAGCUGCAUGGCACUGAAGAACAAAAUAUUCCUUGUGGCAAACUUAGGAACUAAGCAACCCUGUGAGCACAGUGAUCCUCACUGCCCCCCCGAUGGAAGAUACCAGUUCAACACCAACGUGGCAUUCAGGGAUGAUGGUGUGCUGGCAGCCACAUACCGCAAACACAACCUGUAUUUUGAAUAUGCUUUUGAUACCCCGCCGGAGCUGGACUAUAAACUCUUUGAUACCCCUUUUGCUGGCAAGUUUGGGAUGUUCACUUGCUUCGAUAUACUCUUUUUUGAGCCUGCCGUGAACCUCAUCAGACGAUACAAUUUGAAACAAGUUGUGUAUCCCACUGCCUGGAUGAACCAGCUCCCACUCCUGUCCGCUGUAGAAUUUCAACAAGCUUUCGCGACAGCCUUCAACGUCAAUAUUUUAGCAGCUAAUAUCCACCACCCUACCUUGGGCAUGACAGGGAGUGGCAUAUACACUCCAGUCAAAUCGUUCAUCUACCACAACAUGGAAAGUUAUGGUGGCAAGCUCAUCGUAGCAGAAAUUCCUGUGAUUACUACAGAUUAUGAAACCAACCUGGAGAGUAAUGAAAGAUUCAGAGAGAGCUUACAUCCCCCGUGCAAGACUUUCACAAGCACCUCACUGGACGAUCAAGUUUGCUUUAAGGAGGGAGAAGAGAUCCCUGGCAGAGUAUCAGAAGAAGGACACGAACAGUUACCUCCCUUGUUUUAUGCAGAAAUGAUGUAUGACAACUUUACUUUUGUUCCCGUAGGGGGGGAAAAAGGAGAGCUCCAGGUUUGUGCCAAUACCCUUUGUUGUUACUUAAAUUAUCAGAGAGCUGCUCUAACUGAUGAAUUCUAUGCCUUGGGAGUUUUUGACGGGCUCCAUACGGUCCAUGGCACAUACUACGUCCAGGCCUGUGCGUUGGUGAAGUGUGGUGGUCUCAGCUUUAGCACUUGUGGGCAGGAGGUUACAGAUGCCACUGCUCGGAUAGGUUUCCAGCUAUGGGGAAACAUGAGCACCCCUUAUAUCUUCCCUUUGCUGCUGACAUCUGGUAUUACCUUGGACUUUGCUGAUCACAUGGGCUGGAAAAACAACCACUAUUUCAUUAAGAAAAAUAGAACAUCUUCUGGCCUACUGACAGCUGCUCUGUAUGGACGAUGGUAUGAAAAGGACUAGCACAGAUAUUUGACUGAAUCAGAAAACCACUGCCUGUGUGUUAAACAUCUUCACAUAAAUUGUUGAACAUCUGUGUCCUAGAGCUUCAGGUGUGUUUGUUAUGUGACUGACUGAGGAGACUCCACAGCUGAAGUGAUAAGUGAAGCACUGAGCCUGAAGAGGCUGCAAGCACAGUCUGUACAGUGGUAGCUUAUGUCCUACCAGGAGCAAAAGAACUGCCUUGCAAAAAGAAAGUCUUGUGGUAAUGUGAUGGGAUGUUUCAUAUUGGGAAAAUAACAUUUCUCAUUUCAACCGAA